AUGCCUCAAAAGCAAGCCUUUCUCCAGGCUCUCACAGCCGAUGAGCACAACCAAACCAGCUUUCUUCAAAAGUUUGUACAAGCGGCAUCCCCAAAUCCACCUGGGGACACGAUCAAAGCAACAACAGUCAUCGGAGAAUAUUUAUCCAGUAAGAACAUCCCUUACGAACUCGUCGACGUUAACGGGGACGGCAAAGUCAAUGUAAUUAGCGACUUUCAAGGCGGACAACGCCCUGGCCCGCGCGUAGUGCUGAAUGGCCAUGUCGAUGUUUUCCCCGUCGGUGACGGUAGUGGCUGGUCUCGAGAUCCUUGGUCGGGCGAUAUGGUCGAUGGAAGACUCCAUGGGCGCGGAGUCGUAGACAUGAAGUCUGGGACUGCUUCGCUCAUCGUUGCAUAUGCCUUUUUGUACGAGCGUCGCCACCUUCUCUCGGGGAGUGUUGCCCUUUGCGCUGUCGCGGACGAAGAGACAGGUGGGAAAUGGGGGACCAAAUAUCUCAUUGAGCAAGACAAGCACAGAUGGGGUGGUGAUCUCAUGCUGUGUGCUGAGCCAGGUGGUCUCGAGACCAUCAGAUUCGCAGAAAAGGGAACGCUGCGAUUGACAUGUGCUGUCAAGACCAAAGGCGCGCUGGGGCCAUAUCUUCAUCUCAGUAAGGGCGCUAUCCGCACAGCCAGCGCUUUCAUAAAUGAGAUCAUAAAGUCGGCGGAAUCAAUACCUGUCGAUCUACCUGUCGAAAUGGAGAGGCAUCUGGAAAAGCCAGAGGUCCAGCGAGCUAUCGACCAAGCAAUGGGUCCUGGAACUACAACAAUUAUUGCUCGACCGACCGUCAACGUUGGCACAAUCAGGGGCGGUCUUAAAGUCAACAUGAUCCCAGAAACAUGUGUCUUCGAGCUGGAUGUUCGUAUGCCAGUUGGGACGCGGGAAGACACAGUUCUGGAGCUGAUUGACACCAUCAUCCCGCAGUACGAGCCCGCGAGUAUUGAGAUCAAGAAGCAGGCUGCUGCGAGUAACCCUUUCAGUUACUCGGUCAUCGAUCAUCCCAUCGUUGGUCAUCUCAAGGACAACGCCAAGAGCCUGCGACCAGAUGCUGAUGCUCCUAUUCCCAUCCCCUCGAUGGGCGCAUCAGAUUGUAAACAUUACCGGUAUGCUGACAUCCCAGCUUACAUCUUCGGCUGCAGCCCAGCAACAAGUGAGUCCUUCCUACUAAAGAACCCUGAGUACUUUAUUGAUGUCUCCCCAGUGGCGUCUGUGGACGAAUCAGCGUCAAUUGCAGAGUUUCACCACGUCACAAAGAAUGUGGCAGCUGGAAGACCUUCCGCUAACGCAAUCGCCCGUGACGUCGCUUCGCCGGACCUUGAUCAAUGCAUCGCAGAACAUGGUCUCGUCAUUUCUCUCGUACCGUUUGUCCACCAUGCGGCCAUCGUUCGAUCGGCUAUCAAGGGCAAGACAAACGUUGUUACCACAAGUUACGUAUCUCCUGCCAUUCGUGAACUCGAGGACAAAGCCAAGGCGGCUGGUAUCACUGUGUUGAACGAAGUCGGUGUCGAUCCUGAAGGAAACGUGGUGGAGAUUUCCAACAAAGAUCUCAUGAGCAAGGCAGUUCCAUACCACGUUCUUGAUGGAUACUCAUUCCUUGCAUAUCCCAAUCGAGAUUCUGUGCCAUUUCGUCAAGCUUAUGGAAUCCCCGAAGCUCGCACCGUCAUCCAGAGCUCACUGAGAUACGAUGGCAACCCUGCUCUGGUAGAUGAGAUUUGCAGUUUCCGCUCCGCCGAGGAACGACGUAACAUCUUGGCCGGCCUCAAGUGGAUGGGUCUAUUCUCGGACGGAGUCGCUGCGGUCCGCGAUUCUCCCCUCGACACUCUCUCCGAUCAAUUGGACAAGCUAUGCAGCUUCCAGGUCGGUGAGCGAGAUCUGGUAAUGCUCCAACACAAGUUCGUUGUCCAGUGGGAAGAUGGGACUAAAAAUACAAUCACGUCUACCCUCGAACUCUUCGGGGAGCCUGGCGGCUACUCAGCUAUGGCCAAGUCUGUCGGUUUGACCUGCGGUAUUGCCUCCCAGCUUCUUCUCGACGAGGAGCCAGCCUGGUGUGAUUGCUCCAUACUCCCGCGAGAUCUGCGACACCAUCCGAGUCAGAGUCGAAGCUGA